UUCUCAUACUGAGUAAUGCUCGUUGGAAUGAUCAUUGUGCAUUUCUUUAUCGAUUCGACAACAUCACCAGUAGUUCAGUUCAUUGAUUGUUUAAGAUCCGGUCGGUUAAUGAAAAGAUCAUGAUAAGACAUAAUUUGCCGUUAGUUGUCUUUAGUAUGAUUAUUGUGCUGUGCCGGGGUGAAGUUGUGUCUUUGAAUAACACUGAUCAUAAAAUUGUCGGUGGCCUGACUACAGUUGAGGCGGUUCCCUAUCAAAUCUCCCUGCAAGGACUGAAUUAUCACAACGGUCAAUAUAUUCACUUCUGUGGUGGCUCAAUUCUAACCGAAAAACACAUUGUCACAGCCGCACAUUGUUUGGAGGGUUGGCCUGUUGAAAAUAUAACCGUUGUUGUGGGCACAGCAGUUUGGGAUGUUGGCGGUGUUCGUCACGCCGUUGAUAAAUAUGAGAUUCAUGAGCGUUACGAAAUGUUGGAGACUUGUGACAUUGGCAUCAUAACGUUGACGGAGCCAUUGGAAUUUAACGAUAAGGUUCAACCAAUCGCUUUCAACGACAAUUAUGUUCCCGGUAAUGUUCCAUGCAUUGUAACUGGCUGGGGUUACACAUUUCCGAUACGUGCUCCGACUUUCCUACCGUAUUGGUUCAUCAGCUUUUUCCGGUUAUAUCCGAAAGAUUUGCAGAUCGCACAACUGCGAACCAUUACGAAUGGAGAAUGUCGCCGACAAUACCUCGGUAAGGAAUUGAACACGGAACUCUGCACGUAUGUAUGGUCCAAAGGAGCAUGUGCUGGUGAUUCAGGAGGGCCGGUCGUCAAUAUGAAACAGAAUUUGCUGAUCGGAAUCGUUUCUUUCGGAUCGAGCAAUUGUGGUGGAUUCACUGGGACGCCGGACGGUCACACAAGGGUUUCAAAUUUCACAACAUGGAUCCAGGAGCGCAUAAAAAUCUUCUGAUCGUGAUUAAAUGCGGGACUGAA